CACGUCACUUCCUGUUUCUUUAGGGGAACGUGGCUUUUCCCCGCAGUACCUCGCCUUCCAUCUGCGUUCGUGCAGCGGCUGCUGGAGCUGGAGUCGGAACCCAAGCGCAGCCUCGCCAUGGAUUCGGCCCUCAGCGACCAGCACAACGGCAGCACCGAGGCCAGCAGCCCGGCCAACGGCACGACGCGGCCGCCCUCCACGCCCGAGGGCAUCGCGCUGGCCUACGGCAGCCUCCUGCUCAUGGCGCUGCUGCCCAUCUUCUUCGGCGCCCUGCGCUCAGUGCGCUGCGCCCGCGGCAAGAGCUCUUCGGACAUGCCGGAAACCAUCACCAGCCGAGAUGCUGCCCGCUUUCCCAUCAUCGCCAGCUGCACUCUCUUGGGGCUCUACCUCUUUUUCAAAAUCUUCUCCCAGGAGUACAUCAACCUCUUGCUGUCCAUGUAUUUCUUCGUGCUGGGGAUCCUGGCCCUGUCACACACCAUCAGCCCCUUCAUGAAUAAGUUUUUUCCAGCCAACUUCCCAAAUCGCCAGUAUCAGCUGCUCUUCACACAGGGCUCUGGGGAAAACAAGGAAGAGAUCAUCAACUAUGAGUUUGACACCAAGGACCUGGUGUGCCUGGGCCUAAGCAGCAUUGUUGGUGUCUGGUACCUGCUGAGGAAGCACUGGAUUGCCAACAACCUCUUUGGCCUGGCCUUCUCCCUUAAUGGGGUAGAGCUCCUGCACCUGAACAACGUGAGCACUGGCUGCAUCCUGCUUGGCGGACUCUUCAUCUAUGACAUCUUCUGGGUAUUCGGCACCAACGUGAUGGUGACUGUGGCCAAGUCCUUUGAGGCACCAAUCAAAUUGGUGUUCCCCCAGGAUCUGCUGGAGAAGGGCCUUGAAGCGGACAACUUUGCCAUGCUGGGGCUUGGAGAUAUCGUCAUUCCAGGGAUCUUCAUUGCUUUGCUGCUUCGUUUUGAUAUCAGCUUGAAGAAGAACACCCAUACCUACUUCUACACCAGCUUCGCCGCCUACAUCUUCGGCCUGGGCCUCACCAUCUUCAUCAUGCACAUCUUCAAGCAUGCUCAGCCGGCUCUCCUGUACCUGGUCCCUGCCUGCAUCGGCUUUCCUGUCCUGGUGGCACUGGUCAAGGGAGAAGUGGCAGAGAUGUUCAGCUACGAGUCCUCGGCCGUAAUCCUGCCUCAUACGCCGAGGCUCACUCACUUCCCCACUGUCUCGGGCUCCCCUGCCAGCCUGGCCGACUCCAUGCAGCAGAAGCUAGCUGGCCCUCGUCGCCGGCGCCCGCAGAAUCCCAGCGCCAUGUAAUGUCCAGCGGGUGCCCACCUGCCCGCUUCCCCCACUGUCCUGGGCCUAAGUUAUGAGGAGUCAAACCCUAAAGAUGCAGCAACUGGAACUGAAUCCAAAGAGGAGACAACAGAGGCAUCAGCAUCCAAGAAGCUAGAGAAGAAGGAGAAAUGAGGCCGCUCUGCCUGACCCUUGAGGGCCAGAUCAGACAGGCGGGGGACGACCUGUAGGCGACACAGACAGAGGACACGUGCAGGAGGCGAAGGUGGCUCCAGGUUGGGGAGCGGGCCUCUGCUGCCUGUUUCCCUCUCCCCUUUCUCUGGCUUCCUCUGCUGCUCCUCAUCCCCUGCAGGCAAAGGAAACCCUCUGCUGCUUCUUUCCCCAGGAGCCAGGUGGGAACCCCGUGUGGUUUUUAGAUUUUUGUAUUGUGGACUGACUUUGCCUCACAUUAAAAACUCAUCCCAUGGCUGUCGGGA